GUGUUUUACCAGUCGGCACGCCCUCACGGUGCGCCACAUAGACCAAGCAAUUCGCUGCGAAUUGUAAAUUCAUCUUCAUUUAAUAUACCAGGGUAAUCGGAUGAGACUUUGUUGAGACAUUUAACGUUUGCGCCCAACAAGAAAACCGAAGAUUGUCAAGUUUUGGGGCGAGCAGGUUGGCGAUACUGCCUCGGCUUUGCCGACAUGGGGAAAUUAUUAUCCAAAAUAUUUGGUAACAGGGAAAUGAGAAUUUUGAUGCUGGGUCUUGAUGCUGCAGGAAAAACUACUGUAUUAUACAAACUUAAACUUGGUCAGUCCGUCACAACGAUACCAACUGUAGGUUUCAAUGUUGAGACAGUCUCUUACAAGAAUGUAAAAUUCAAUGUUUGGGAUGUUGGAGGACAAGACAAGAUCCGUCCUCUCUGGCGGCAUUAUUAUGCUGGUACCCAGGGCCUGAUAUUUGUAGUAGACUGUGCUGAUCGGGAUAGAAUUGAUGAAGCCAGACAAGAACUCCACAGAAUCAUUAAUGACAGACUCAUGAAGGAAGCCAUUAUUUUAAUAUUUGCGAACAAACAAGAUUUACCAGAUGCAAUGAAACCACAUGAAGUGCAAGAAAAACUUGGGCUCACAAGAAUCCGGGACAGAAACUGGUAUGUGCAACCAUCGUGUGCGACAAGUGGAGAUGGCUUGUUUCAAGGAUUGCAAUGGCUCAGUUCCAAUCACCGGUCCUGAUGAAUGGCUAGAAAAAUGGAUAUUGUUUUCACAACAAUUGAAUAAUUAAUAUUCUUUUACCUUAUGGUCAUCCUGGAUGAAACUCUGAACAUGUUGUACACAGAGUGAACUCAGUAGGACUGUUUUUUAUCAUUAAAUACUUUGUACGAGGCUUGAAAUUUGUUGACUGCCACUACUGCUGUGUAUAUUACUUUGAUAAGAGUGUUAGUUUUCUAUCAUGUGUGGCAACCGUGCUUAAUGCACCCGCAUGAUUAAAUGACAUUUCAGUGCAGUCCACAUCAAUAACAAUAUUAUUGUUCAUAGUACAUGUAGUACGGUGACCAAUCUAACGGAACGAUUCUCAAUAAAAUUAACGUACUGGGUCACUAGUAAAACUUUUAUGCUUACUUAUGACUGAGUUGAGUAGCCAAUGAAGUGAUCAAUGGAAUAAUUUCUACUUUAUGUACUCACCACUUUUAAUUUCCAUAUUUAACAGCCCUUUUUUUAAAGUUUCUUAGUUUGUUUGGUUAUUUUUUUUUUAGUCGUGGGCACAACAUAUAUGUAGCAGGAAGAGGCUUACAAUGUCUAGUUUUGUGUGUAAACAACUUCUAGUUAUCUAGAGGGAAAAAGAUAAUGCACACUUUGUUGCAAAAAAAUCAGUGUUGAUAAUGUUUUUUUGUGGAAGUUGUUAUAAUUAUUUGGAGAGUAGUUACCUUUGGAGAGUCAUUUCUUUUGGAACUUUAUUAACAGUAUGUCAUUCCUAAAGAACCCUGAUAGCACCAUGAUCAGCAUAGAAACUCUCCUUACUGCUACUACAAGUUUGGGGGAAAUUUUUAAGUAUCUAGACAGUUCCUCUCCAGUGAUCACCAUUCAAUUCUCAUGGCACAUUUUCUUUAUUUUACUUUACUUACAUACUUUAUUCUCACCUCGCCCGUGGUGCAUUUGAGGAGCAAGAAAUAAAGAGUCUGUAAUAAAUACAAUACAAAUUAAGUAAAAAA